AUGAACGCGCUGGUGGCCAAUUUGCAAAGCAAAUACGCCGAUAAUAAAAUCCACAUCUCAAUCCACAAAGUGGAUGUUGGCUCUGCUGAUGACAUCGAAGCUAUGUUCCAGCAAAUAGACACUGAGCACGGCCACCGACCCGAUAUCCUGAUCUCGAAUGCUGGUCACGGGAAACGGAUUCCAAACAUCUGGGACUGCUCACUCGAAGAGUUUGAUUAUACUCUUACUGUCAACUUGCGGGCUUCAUUUAUUCUUGUCAAGGGAGUGGUGGAAUAUAUGAAGAGUCAGAAUUGGGGACGUAUUGUUUUUAUGUCCUCGAUUGCUGCGCAAGGUGGAGGAAUCAAUGGAUGCCAUUAUGCCGCAUCGAAAGGUGGUCUCACAGGGAUGAUGAAGAACCUUUCUACCAGGUUGGCUGGAUACAAUAUCAGUGUCAACGAUGUUGCGCCAGCUAUGAUUGGCGAGACCGGUAUGAUUCCUAAUGCUGCGGCUAUCCCUGAGGUAGCAGCUAGUAUUCCGCUUGGUCGCCUUGGAACAGUUGAGGAGACGGCCAACGUUGUUACCAUGCUAGUUAAGACAGGGUACAUGACGGGCCAGAGCCUGUUGCUUGCUGGAGGGUUGAAAUGA